AUUACAGCGAGAAAAAUACCACCAGAUGGCAGUUUAGGAUUGCUGCUCUUCUCCAAGGCGCGGUUCCGCUCGCACGGCCAAUUUUCAAUAUUAAAAUACGCACAAUAUUAAAACAAAUAUCGACUUAUAAUUUCGGAAGUUGAUAAUUGAGCCAGCGAUGGUCGUUAAAGGGCUUGGAGAUUGUUAAGCUGCAGUGCGAGCAUCUUUCUCAUCGAGUAGACCCCAAACGAAGACCACCCCCUCCCCUUCCCCCUUCCAGUCACACCGCCAUCUCAACUUUGCUUCCUGACGACGACCCCGACGACGGGCACACACACCCAAACACACACACAGCUUGCAGAUCGUGCCGCGACCCCUGAUUGGCCAGGAUGAUCACCUCCGAGCUCCCCGUCCUGCAGGACUCGUCCAACGAGUCGGCGGCCCCCGACGCCGUCAGCCUGAGCAUGAGCAUGAGCGAGAUCGAGGACCCCGAGGUGAAGGGGAAGAAGAAGAGGGGGAGGCCCGGGAAGCAGCAGCAGUCGGCCACUAAGAAACCCCGGAAGUCUCCGACGGACAAGGCUGUGGGCGUGACCCGAGGGCGAGGGAAAGCCAAUGGCGUGGCCGUACACAACGGGGAGGGCGGGGAACCCGUCACCCUGUUUGAAGUGGUCAAACUGGGCAAGAGCGCCAUGCAGUCUGUUGUGGACGACUGGAUCGAGUCGUACAAACAGGACCGGGACAUAGCGCUGCUGGACCUCAUUAACUUCUUCAUUCAGUGCUCUGGCUGCAAGGGAACGGUGCGGAUCGAGAUGUUCCGGAACAUGCAGAACGCUGAGAUCAUCCGCAAGAUGACGGAGGAGUUCGACGAGGACAGCGGCGACUACCCACUCACCAUGCCCGGCCCCCUGUGGAAGAAGUUCCGCUACAACUUCUGCGAGUUCAUCUGCGUGCUGAUUCGCCAGUGCCAGUACAGCAUCAUCUACGACGAGUACAUGAUGGACACGGUCAUCUCACUGCUCACGGGGCUGUCGGACUCCCAGGUGCGGGCCUUCAGACACACGUCCACGCUGGCAGCGAUGAAGCUGAUGACGGCGCUGGUGAACGUGGCGCUGAACCUCAGCAUCCACCAGGACAACACGCAGCGGCAGUACGAGGCCGAGAGGAACAAGAUGGCCGGCAAGAGGGCCAACGAGAAGCUGGAGCUGCUGCUACAGAAGAGGAAGGAGCUCCAAGAGAACCAGGACGAAAUCGAGAACAUGAUGAACUCCAUCUUCAAGGGCAUAUUCGUCCAUCGCUACAGGGAUGCCAUUGCAGAGAUCCGCGCCAUCUGCAUCGAGGAGAUCGGUGUGUGGAUGAAGAUGUACAGCGACGCCUUCCUCAACGACAGCUACCUGAAAUACGUGGGCUGGACUCUGCACGACCGGCAAGGCGAGGUGCGUUUGAAGUGUCUGAAGGCACUGCAGAACCUGUACACCAACAGAGAACUGUUCCCCAAGCUAGAGCUCUUCACAAACCGCUUCAAGGACCGCAUCGUAUCGAUGACCCUCGACAAGGAGUACGACGUGGCUGUGGAGGCCAUCCGAUUGGUCACCCUGAUCCUGCAGGGGAGUGAGGACGCUCUGUCCAAUGAGGACUGCGAGAACGUGUACCACCUGGUGUACUCCGCCCACCGGCCCGUGGCGGUGGCCGCCGGAGAGUUCCUCCACAGGAAGCUCUUCAGCCGCCACGACCCCCUGGCCGAGGAGGCCCUGGCCAAGCGGCGAGGCCGCAGCAGCCCCAACGGGAACCUCAUCCGCAUGCUGGUGCUCUUCUUCCUGGAGAGCGAGCUCCACGAGCACGCUGCCUACCUGGUGGACUCUCUGUGGGAGAGCUCCCAGGAGCUGCUGAAGGACUGGGAGUGUAUGACGGAGCUGCUGCUAGAGGAGCCCGUCGGGGGAGAGGAGGUGUUGUCAGACAGGCAGGAGAGUGCUCUGAUAGAGCUGAUGGUUUGUACCAUCCGCCAGGCCGCCGAAGCCCACCCACCGGUCGGCAGGGGCACCGGGAAGCGCGUGCUGACAGCGAAGGAGAGGAAGACGCAGAUAGACGACAAGAACAAACUGACGGAGCACUUCAUCAUGGCGUUGCCGAUGCUGCUGUCCAAAUACCAGGCGGACUCUGAGAAGGUGGCCAACCUGCUGCAGAUCCCGCAGUUCUUCGACCUGGACGUGUACAGCGCCGGGCGCAUGGAGAAGCACCUGGACGCGCUGCUGAAGCAGAUCCGCCUGGUGGUGGAGAAGCACAUCGAGGCGGACGUGCUGGAGGCCUGCAGCAAGACCUACAGCAUCCUGUGCUCGGAGGAGUACACCAUCAUGAACCGCGUGGACAUCGCCCGCUCGCAGCUCAUCGACGAGAUGACGGACCGCUUCGCCCACUCGGUGGAGGAGCUGCUGCAGGAGGCGGAGGAGGCCGACGACGACGACAUCUACAACGUCCUCGCCACCCUCAAGAGGCUCACCGCCUUCCACAAUGCCCACGACCUGACCCGCUGGGACCUGUUUGGGAACUGCUACCGGCUGCUGAAAGCGGGCAUCGAGCAGGGAUCCAUGCCUGAGCAGAUCGCCGUACAAGCCCUCCAGUGUUCCCACUACUCCAUCCUCUGGCAGCUGGUGAAGAUCACCGAGGGAGCUCCCAGCAAGGACGACCUGCUGGCUCUCAGGAGAGUGGUGAAGUCCUUCCUGGCAGUGUGUCAGCAGUGUCUUUCCAACGUCAACACGCCCGUCAAAGAACAGGCCUUCAUGCUGCUGUGUGACCUGCUGAUGAUCUUCAGCCACCAGCUGGUGUCGGGGGGCCGGGAGGGUCUCCAGCCGCUGGUCUUCAACCCAGACUCCACCCUGCAGAAUGAGCUGCUCAACUUCGUGCUGGACCACGUGUUCAUCGACCAGGAUGACGAGAACCAGAGCAUGGAAGGCGACGAGGAGGAUGAGGCGAACAAGAUCGAGGCGCUGCACAAGAGGAGGAACCUGUUGGCGGCCUUCAGCAAACUCAUCAUCUACGACAUCGUCGACAUGCCCGCCGCCGCCGACAUCUUCAAACACUACAUGAAGUACUACAACGACUACGGUGACAUCAUCAAGGAGACGCUGAGCAAGACGAGGCAGACGGACAAGAUCCAGUGUGCCAAGACGCUCAUUCUCAGCUUGCAGCAGUUGUUCAACGAGCUGCUCCAGGACCAGGGGCCCAACCUGGACCGGACCUCGUCCCACGUCAGCGGCAUCAAGGAGCUGGCCCGCCGCUUCGCCCUCACCUUCGGCCUGGACCAGAUCAAGACCAGGGAGGCCGUCGCCACACUACACAAGGACGGUAUCGAGUUUGCCUUCAAGUUCCAGAACCCCCGUGGAGCAGAGCUGCCCCCCAUCAACCUGGCCUUCCUGGAGGUCCUCAGCGAGUUCUCCUCCAAGCUGCUGCGGCAGGACAAGAAGACUGUACACUCGUACCUGGAGAAGUUCAUGUCGGAGACGAUGUCGGAGCGCCGGGAGGACGUGUGGCUGCCGCUCAUCUCGUACCGCAACAGCCUGCUGACGGGCGGCGACGAGGGAGACCGCAUGUCCGUCACCUCGGGCUCCAGCAGCAAGACGGGCUCGGUGCGCAGCAAGAAGGGCCGGCCGCCGCUGCACAAGAAGCGCAUCGAGGAGGAGAGCAGCGUGGAGGGCUCGUGGCUGAUGCGCAGCGACACCACCCUGCAGACCCCCGGACCCCUACAGCCCCCCCAGCUCACCUCGACCGUGCUGCGGGAGAACCGGGCCGCCGAACACCUGCCGGACCCCGACUCAGAACCGGGCUCCGAGAACGACUUCGUACACAAUCCUCAGAUGCAGAUGUCGUGGCUGGGCCAGCAGAAGAUGGACGACAGCAGCAGGAAAGAUCGCUCGGGCAUGAGCUACAUCAAGUCACGCAGCAACCAGGGCGUCCGACAGACCGUACGCGGUCUGAUGGAGGAUGACGCCGAGCCCAUCUUCGAGGACGUGAUGAUGUCAUCGCGGGGUCAACUGGAGGACAUGAACGAGGAGUUUGAGGACACCAUGGUGAUCGACCUGCCACCGUCUCGGAACAGACGCGAGAGGGCGGAGUUGAGACCAGACUUUUUCGACUCUGCGGCGAUGAUUGAAGACGAGUCGGGAUUCAGUAUGCCCAUGUUCUGAGAAGGGGAUUCAACGAUCCUGAAAAAGGAAAAAGAUUCCAGUGCGCAGCACGGUGAAGAAUGGGUUGUCUUAUUGGGGAGGGAGGGGGGGGGGGGAGAUCCUGAAUCAGCUGCCAAACUCUUUAUAAGACUAUAAGCGACACCGGUUGAGUACUUUUUCCAGGUUCCCGAGACUUUUCUUCUCGUACUUUACAACAAGAUGGCUGCCACUAAGUGUCGAAGGGGGUUGGGGGGGGCUGGGGGUCGUCCUCUGAUGAUGACUCUUGGAUUGGACGGAAGAUGAUCGCAACAGACCAGGAUUGGCUCCUUUUCUGAACCCGCCCCCCAGCCCCCGACCCCCUCCAGUCAAGACUAUCAAAAUGGGGGCGGCCCUUCUGCGGAUCUAUCUCCCCGUUCUCCUCCUGCUCCUUCCAAGUGCAUUGGGGAAACUCUCUGGUAGCCGGCUUUGGGACUGUUGACCAAUGUUUUGGUGCGUCCCGUUUUACCGUCCCCUGCUCCACCAAUGCAGAGGCCAUUGGUUCCUGGCAGUGACCCUCCCCACCCCAACAGAUGUUUUUGUUUUGUUCCCCCCUGGUGUCUCUCUCUAACCCUUCUGUUUUCGUCCAACAGGGGGACCCGAGAACAGUAGUAAAUGUGAUCUAUCUUUUCCCCCUCGCCCUCUGUUUGCCAUCCGAUCCCUUGUCUGUGGUGGUUGGUGUGUGAAGUGUAUUGUGUUGGUUACAUUUUUGGUUAUUUAGAUGUACACACUCAUACACAGGCAUUUGCGCACCAAGGUGAAUGUUCCCCCCCCCCCCCCCCUUUAUAGACUGACAUUGAGAAUUUGUGUAAUUGUGUUGUGCUCGAAGGAAAAUUGAGUGUUGUGAUUGGAUGAGAAAGAAACGCUCACACUGAUCUUGGACAAAAGCUCUGCCCUGUUUAAAGCGCCCCACCCCGAACCACGACUUUUGAAGGGAAAAUGUUUAAAAAAAAAACACAAACAUAUUUUGAAUUCUGUAGCUUUAGUACAAACGUUUUAAAUCAAGUGUUUUUUCCGUUGUCUGUUUGUACAGCUCUUUGUUGAAUAUCUUGUUGCCAAAUUGUGGCCUACAUACUUAUACCCGAACCCUUUUUGUUACUAACGUAAAAGCAGACACUGUUGCUAUGGGAUACCAGGGGAGCCAAAGUGCUGUAUGUUUUGAUUGUAGCCAUCUCAACGACUCAUCCUUUUAUUCUGAUUUCUCUCACCCGGUUCCGAAUCUUCACGUGAUCGGUUAGCGGUGGAAGCUUAGCUAACGUUUGGCACGUUCAACCGAAAUCGUUGCUCAUAUCGCACACAAAAUGUCAACAGGGUGAACAGAUCCAGUGUACAACAACCCGUUUCAGCUUUAGACGUAAACGGUUCAUAUAUUUAUAUAAAAUAUAUAUAAUAUAUGUAGAGCAAAACGAUUGGUGCGUGCCAUUGUUUUCUGAUGGAUUUGUCCACUGGUUUGACUGUUUACGACCGAAUAUUUACCGCAACCCACUGUUGGUGCAAUCAAUCAAGUGAUCAUGUGUUCCCUGUGGCAGGUUUGGCAGUCCUGUAGAUAUCAAUUUGAUUGGGUCUUUAUGCUGCACAAUUAACGUCACCCGUCCUUAAAUACUCUAAAAGUACAUCUUUUCUGCCAACUUAAAUUCUUUUUAAUAAAAUAAAAUCUGUAAUCAAUUCCUGACAGUUGUUUAAAUUAAUUAUUCUUAACCAUUUUUUCCUCAAUAUUUAAAGGUAUUUUUGUGUUGGGUACUUUCAGAGAGCUGGAGAUGAGAAAAAGUAAUUAUCCAUGAUAGACUUCUAAACAUUUUGGAAGAAACAACCAUGACAAAACAGUGCAUAUGACUUGCUAACAUUUUAAUGUAAGUACACAUGGGUAAAACUGACUUUAUUUCUAAACCCUACUGCCCUUGGGCAGUACAAACCAUAUGAAGGCUUUGGGUUUGUUUGAUUUAUAUGACCAAUGACAGCGUGUGUCCUGCCAAAUGGAAAAGGCACAUACUCAAUAACACAUUUCUCCAGGUUAGACAGAUUUACUGGUGGUUCAUGUUUUAAUACUCGUUGAACAGGUUCAAAUGUUCAUUUGUUAUUAACAUUUCCAAUGUUUAUAAGAGAGAUUGCUUAUGAGAUACAUUUGACGGAAAACCCCAUCCAACCAGGAUGUUGGAGAACAUCACCAAUAUCGCAAUGAUAACUUCAUACGUUAUUAUUGUACAUAAGAGACUAGGGUAGAAUGGGUCUUGCAAUAGGUCAACAGGUUUUUCCUCAGAUCGUUUCUUAGUGUCUAUUUGGUGGUUGAGAUGUUUUUGUGUACAGCGUCUCUUUGGAGUGGUAAAUUCAUUUCCAAACCAACAAACACUACAAAAAGGUAAAACAACAAGAGGACAAGAACACACACACCACCAAAUGCUGUAUUGCUGUGUCCGGUGCUUGAUCCAUGUGAUCUAGUUGACCCCGGAGUACUGUGACGUGAGCUACUGUGGGUUUGGAGAAGGUGGGGCUUCAGCCGCCCUAUAGGGGCAUGUUGGCGUGCUUCUUCCAGGGGUUCACCUGCUUCUUGCUGGCUAGCACCUCCAGGUCUCUGCAGAUCCUCUUCCGUGUGGUCGAUGGCUCAAUGAUGUCAUCCACAAAGCCUGGACACGGACCCACACAGUCAAUUACAACAGUACGAGGCGUCGAGACCACCACGAUCUAGGUCUUUGUAUCUAAAGUGACCUUGUUUCAUAGCACAAAGUCAAUGUUUAUCUCUCUUAAUCGAUAUAUUCUGAGUUUAGCAGUAAAGUUAGCAUCUUAUUUUGCCUCUUUAUUCCAAUUACUUCUUCAAACGUUAUGCAUUCGAGACAUGACUGAUCCACAUCAGGUCAAGUGUUGGCUGUGGUGGGGUGCCUAUACCACCACGACAGUUUAAUUCCAGGAGGAAAGGUGGAGUUACCUCGGACAGCCGCGGGGAAAGGGUUGGCGAACUUCUCCACGUAUUCAGCCUCAGCCUCCACCUGGCUGUCCUUCCCUCUGAAGAUGAUCUGGACCGCGCCCUGAGAGACACACGUCCAUGCUUUGGUAUGGGAAUCUUAACAUGCAAAAGUACUCCUUUAUUGCUAUCCUAUUUGCCUGUAUUGCGCAUGCGUGUAUGGUUUCCGUGAACAGAUAUGAACUCUCCGUGAAAGGUCAUAUCUCCAUGUACACACAAUGUUGGCGUAUAUAUUUACUUGUGUGUUUUAUACCUUAGCACCCAUGACGGCCACCUCUGCAGACGGCCAGGCGUAGUUGACGUCUCCCCUCAGGUGUUUGGAGCUCAUGACAUCAUAGGCCCCGCCGUACGCCUGGACAGGUG